AAGUUAACCCAAAGCGAAAGCAAGGCUCGGCGAAGCAGGGAGAGAACCAGAGAGGAAGAUGAAGAGCGCUUCUGGGGCGGGUACUGGUGGUCUGGGUGGAGUUCCUUCAUAUGCCUUCCCUUCGAAAAGACGAUGGAAAGGACUGGUAAUUGGGGUACUGGGUCUGGUUAUCCUUUCCAUGCUUGUUCCUCUCGUGUUUUUGCUUGGCCUGCACAACGGCUUUCAGUCUGCUGGAUAUAUAUAUGAACGACAAAGUUCUCCUUCAAAUCGUGAUGGACUUGGAGGAUAUGAUAGAUCCAGUAUCAAGAACAUGCCGAAUCAGUCUGAGGGAGAACGGUCAACCCAUGUUGAAGAGCUGAUGAAAAAGUUUGAAUCAACAAUUCCAAAGAAUGCUUUAGAGGAUUAUGCUGGAAUAUCUAAGAAUGAAACGGUCAAAAGUGGUGCCAGCAAUGAUCAAGAAAAAGGUUUCAAGUGGCCACUUAAUGGUUCUCUGCAAUUGGUUCCUACAUCAAAUCAGAAAUCUAGAGUUGGUCACCUAGAUGCAGUCAUCCGCCAAAGAAGCUCUACUGAUGAAAAUGGAAAGUCAUGUGAGCUCACAUUUGGGAGUUACUGCUUAUGGCGCCAAGAACAUAGAGAAGAUAUGAAUGAUGUUAUCAUUAAAAAAUUGAAAGACCAAUUAUUUGUGGCUAGAGCUUACUAUCCUAGCAUUGCAAAGCUUCCAACACAAGAUAAAUUGUCUCAUGAAUUGAAACAGAACAUUCAAGAGCUGGAGCGGGUCCUUAGUGAAUCUACUACUGAUGCUGAUCUCCCCCCACAGAUUGAGAAGAAGUUACAGAAGAUAGAAGUCACAAUAGCCAGAGCCAAAUCAUUCCCUGUAGAUUGCAAUAAUGUUGACAAGAAAUUGAGACAGAUAUUUGAUUUAACUGAGGAUGAAGCUGAUUUCCAUAUGAAACAGAGUGCAUUCCUUUAUAAACUUACUGUUCAGACCAUGCCAAAGAGUCUCCACUGCCUGUCGCUGAAACUAACCGUAGAAUAUUUCAAAACUACUCAUGAUAAGGAGGCUGAUGCAGAAAAGUUUGUGGAUACUUUGUUGCACCACUAUGUUAUUUUUUCUAAGAAUGUUCUUGCAGCUUCGGUAGUAAUCAACUCCACUGUUACACAUGCAAAAGAAAGUUGGAAUCAGGUUUUUCAUGUGUUGACAGACGGACAAAAUUACUAUGCUAUGAAGCUGUGGUUCUUGAGGAACAAAUAUAAGGAAGCUGCUGUACAAGUUUUAAAUGUUGAGAAUCUUAACCUAGACAACCCCAGAAAGGAAACUUCAGAGCAUCUAUCCUUGCCUGAGGAGUUCCGUGUUUCAAUUCAGACUGAUAUUUCAUCUACAAGUCAAACUAGAACAGAAUACAUUUCCAUUUUUUCUCGUUCACACUAUUUGCUUCCUGACAUAUUUAGCAAGUUGAAGAAAAUAGUGGUUCUGGAUGAUGAUGUUGUUGUCCAGAAAGACUUGUCAGCCCUGUGGACCCUAAGCAUGGGGGGAAAAGUUAAUGGUGCAGUGCAAUUUUGUUCAGUAAAGCUGGGUCAGCUGAAAAGUUAUCUUGGUGAAAAAGGUUUUAAUCAAAAUUCCUGUGCCUGGAUGUCUGGGUUGAAUGUAAUUGACCUGGGCAGGUGGAGAGAGCUUGGUCUUACUCAAACCUACAAAAGGGUGAUGAAAGAGUUGAGCUUGCAAGAAGGAUCCUUAGAAGCUAUUGUAUGGCGUGCAAGCUUGCUCACCUUUGAGGCUAAAAUAUAUCCACUUGAUGAUUCAUGGGUUCUGUCAGGACUGGGUCAUGACUACAUGUUUGAUACUCAGGCCAUCAAGAGAGCUGCGGUGCUGCACUACAAUGGUAAUAUGAAACCUUGGCUUGAUAUGGGAAUUCCAAAGUAUAGGAGUUACUGGAAGAAGUUUCUUAACAUUGAAGAUCAGUUCUUGAGUGAAUGCAACGUAUAUUCUUAGUAAUAUGCUCCUUGUAUGAGGUUGGAAAUUCUGGAAUUUUAGGGACGAGCUCUGAACAAGCAACAAGGGGAUGCCUGUGUUCUGGGUGCUCAGAAUUUUAUGAGCUUAAUGCACCGGUACUAAAAUUUAUCAGUCAAUAAGGAACCUGGAAACUUAAUUGCGUUUCUGGCAAAACACAAAGAAGUCUGAGUACCCUUGCAGUCUUAAGAUAGCCUGAAAGGCGUUAGUCCAAUCCAAUCCACUAUGCAAGUGGACACCAUGAAGCAAGGCAGUGAUCUGGGAAAAUAAGUCGGAAUAUAAAGGUGGUGCAAUUGGUUGUCUGUUCCAAGGAAUUUUAUUGUUUUACAGGAUGUAAAUGUUUCCCGUCUGAAAGAUGUACAUUUUUCCAAUCUGAGAAGAGUAGAAUUAUGCAUCCUAGUGCCUAGAGUAAUAAUCUAUAUGUCACAGUAGUAAUUUUCAUUAAAACUGUUCUUAUUUGACAAUAGAAUGCUUCAAUGUAGGACAAGUUUAAUAGAAGCUCAAGUUUUCUGCA